AUGGGGACUUCUUUGGUGUCUGAGUUUCCCAGAAAUUAAUAGUAAUUAAAACUGGCUCUCUAUCUCUCUUUCUCUCUCCAUUCUGAUCUCUGCUCUAGUUAUUAGUAGGAGUAGAAGUUCAGUUGGGGUGGGGUCUUCACAAUAUUCAGACAGCUAUUGCUAAUUACAGCUUUUGUCCCCACGCCCUCUCAGCACCUCAUUCAUGGCUGCCCCCAACUCUAACUCUCUCCCUCUUUACAUUCCUCACCAGCCCACUUGUGUUUUUUUCCAUUCUUUCCAGUCUUCACGUUCACAUUGCAGCUAUAGCUAGUCUCUGAGCUGGGAUUUUUUUCCAAGACUACUCCUUUUUUGCUUUGAAACCCUUUUGUUUCUUUUCUUGCAUUUUGUUUUCCCCCUUUUUUAGUGCCUCACUCAGUUUGGAAGUGGUAUGAGAGCAAAAGGGGCAGGAAUGAGCGGAGGGGAGCCUCAAAGUUCCAAUUUUUAUCUUCAUUCUGUGUUCUUGCUACUUCUUUGCUUAUUUACAUCGUGUUGCAGUUCAUCAAGUUAUAUCAAAAGUUCUGUGAUAGCUCAAAGAAAACAUGCCCUCUUGCCUGAAAUAUCUCCCAGUGAAGCUCCUCAGCCCCUUCUUCCUCUCCUGGCACCUUCUCCAUUUUCACCAUUCACCAACAGCAGUAUACCAAAACUAUCUGGAGUCUGCAUAUUAAACUUUGCGGCCAUGGAAAGCAUGAUGAGGAUGACAUCAAUUGAUUGUGUGGGUGGUUUUGCACCAUAUCUAGCUAAUGUUAUAUGCUGCCCUCAAGUAGAUGCCACUCUUACUGUCCUUGUUGGUCAAUCUAGUAAGGACACCAAUAUGCUUGCUUUAAAUGGAACUCUUGCAGAACCCUGCCUUUCUGAUUUUGAGCAAAUUCUAGUGGGUCAGGGUGCCAAUGACACUCUGCCCCGUAUAUGCUCCAUCCAUCCAUCAAACCUUACUGAAGGUUCUUGCCCAGUCAGCGAUGUUAAUGCAUUUGAGAGCACAGUGGAUUCAUCUAGUCUUCUUGCAGCCUGUGGGAAGAUUGACACUGUUAAUGAAUGUUGCAAGCAAGUUUGUGAGAAUGCUAUAGCAGAAGCAGCUGGGAAGCUGGCUGUAAAAGCUUAUGAUCUUAUGAGCAUGGGUGGCUCUCAUGCACUAGCUGACCACUCAACUCGAAUAAAUGAUUGCAGAACUAUAGUACUUCGAUGGCUGGCAAGUAAACUUGAUCCUUCUCAUGCAAAAGAAGUUCUUAGAGGGCUAUCUAAUUGCAAAAUUAAUAAAGGUGAGUUAAUUUACCCAUGUUUCAGACUAUUCUUUUGGAGUUAAAUAACCUGUGACAUA